AUGAGUGACAUAAAAUAUAAAGACCAGUUUGUUAAAAUGGGUCAGGAGGGACCCAGAAAUGCUACCACUACAAAUUUCUAUGGUAGUUACUUUCUUUCAGAUAGUGAAAACUUUUUUGAUAUUAAUAAGUUUGAAGAAAAUCUAGAAAUGAAAAUAAUAAAGAAUGAAGAAAACUUAUUAAUAUUAGAAAUAAAAAAUUUAAAUGUAUCAAUUGCUAAUGCAUUAAGAAGAAUUAUGAUUUCAGAAGUACCUACAAUUGCUAUAGAAAAAGUAAAUAUAUUUCAAAAUACUGGAGUAAUAGCUGAUGAAAUUUUAUGUCAUAGAUUAGGGUUAAUACCAUUUAAAUUUAAUGCAGAUUUAAUCAAUUUUAAAGAUACAUAUGAAAAAUAUAAUAAUUUAAAUUGUUUUUGUUUCAAACUUCAUGUAAAAUGUAAUUCUAUAAAUAAUAAUAAAAGUGAAAAUUAUCAAUGUAUAUAUUCUAAAGAUUUAAAAUGGUGCCCAUUAAAUGAAGAACAAAAAAUAAAAUUUGAAAAUAAUCCACCAAAAGUAGUUGAUGAUAAUAUAUUAAUAACAAAAUUAGGAAGUGGUCAAGAAAUUGAAUUAAUUUGUUUUUUAGAAAAAGGAAUUGGAAAGACACAUGCAAAAUGGUCACCAGUUUGUACUGCUGUAUAUAAAAUGUUUCCUAGCUUUAAUUUUGAUGUACAUGAAAAAUUUAAUAAUAAUGAAAAAAAAGAUCUAGUUAAUAUAUGCCCUAAAAAAGUAUUUGAUAUUGAAGAAAGUGGAAACUUAGUUGCAAAAAAUCCUUUAGACUGUUCUUCAUGUAGAGCAUGUAUUGAAAAAUAUCCUAAAAAAAUUUCAUUUCAAAAAACAAAAAAUCAUUUUAUUUUUACUGUUGAAUCAACUGGUUGUUUUUCAUCAGCAGAUAUUUUUAAAAAAGCAUUAAAUAUUUUGAAAGAAAAAGUUAUUAAUGUUAAAGAAAUGUUAGAAGAGCAUACACCCACUUGA